AUGGGUGAAUUGAAAGAAACUGAGGUUUACGAGGAAGAGCUUAUCGACUAUGAAGAGGAGGAUGAAAAGGCUCUUGAUUCUGCUAAACCAACUACCAAAACCGUCAAGAAGGGCUACGUUGGCAUCCAUAGUUCGGGAUUUCGAGACUUCCUGUUGAAACCAGAGCUUCUUCGAGCCAUUGUAGAUUCAGGAUUUGAGCAUCCUUCAGAAGUGCAACACGAAUGCAUCCCUCAAGCAAUUUUGGGAAUGGAUGUCAUCUGCCAAGCAAAAUCUGGCAUGGGAAAGACUGUUGUUUUUGUUCUGUCAACACUUCAGCAAAUUGACCCUGUUCCUGGUCAGGUUGUCGCACUUGUUCUUUGCCAUACAAGAGAACUAGCUUAUCAGAUGCAUCAGUGCGAUAAAGAUGAUCUUAUCUGCUCUUGUGAUGGUGAUAGUGGUGAGAUAUGA